UUAAAACUAUGCUUGAAUGUAAUACACAGACUGUAUUUGAAACAAACACUUGUUUAUAGUUCAUGUCAUUGAUCAUGUGAUAUUAAAUUUCUUUAUCUGAUAAUAAGAUAAGAAUAUUGACGGGUUUCUGGCACAGACUGUAACUAGCUCAGUCAUGAAUUUGUGUAAUCUGUUUGAAUAUUUAUAAUAAAAACGAGACUUGGUUUGGUAGAAAAAUGCCAAUAUUAAAAAACAUUUUAUUUUCAGAUUGUUUUUUGCUAUCCCUCUUUUUCGUUUUGACAACAACCGCCCUGUCAACAGAAGACAACGCUGAUGGAUUUUUUUCCGGGUCAACAAAAAGCUGCCCGGAAUAUUAUCGCAAUGACGUCCGUGUUCCUUGCUUUUUCUUGGGAGAAAAAUGCUAUUGUUUCUCAACACAAAUGUUUCUGAUGGCGUGGAAUGACGCUAAAUAUUAUUGUCGACUUAACAAUUAUACUUUGAUAAGUCUGGAGACAAAAACGGAAGAUGAUCUGAUACAUCAACAUAUCGAAACCACCGAAUUACUUUCCGAGCUGCCAUGGUUUUGGACUUCAGGAACAUACAGUGAGGAUCAGUGGAAAUGGUCUACAAGCCCCCUUCCUGGUGAACCUUUUAGUUAUUCAAAUUGGGCCUCAACAAGGCCAAUUUACAACAUGAAUGGUUACUGCACUGAAAUCAAUUACAGCACUUUUCAAGGUGCAUGGGUGGACUUUCCUUGCGAUUUUACAAAUUAUUUUAUAUGCGAAGGAAAUUCAACUUUUAUUUAAUUGAUCUUUGAAAAAUGAAAAGCGCAGUCAAGCAAUGCAAUGUGUGACCAUACAUAAAUAGUGUAGCGAUAGUUCAUUAAUUUCGGAUUCAAGGUUGAUGGGCGCAUUUGCGUUGUAAAAUAAAUAGUUCAAAUAUAUUUUUGAACCAGAAA